AUGUCUUCGAUCGCAGCAGCUGUGCCUCCGGCGCCGCUCCCGCGCCACGGCAGCGGAAACGGCGCUUCGCAGCGCGACUUUGCCGUCGGCACCUCGAUCCCCGCCAACCUGCCCCACGCCGUCUCGGUCUCGCUCCCGCUCUGGCAGGACAAUGUCGACUACGAAGAGGGGCGCCUCUCGCAGGUCAUGGAGACAGGCUACCCGCGCUUCUUCAUCCACAGGAGCAUCCAGAAACUCGCCGCCCACCUCACAAAGAAGUUUGCCCAGCCCGGCGAACAGUGCAUCCUCCUCCCCACCGAGGUGGUCGCCAACCGUUGCCGGGACUUUAUCCGCAGCCAGCAUGCCAAGCUCCAGACGCCUUCGUCGCCGCACACGCCCGCCUCGGUUCGCGUCGUCCGCUUCUCGAUCGUGGAACCUGCGCUGCUCCAGAACCCCGACCCUUCCGCCCCCGGUCCAUCUCAACCCCCGGCAUCGCAGCCAGCCAACGAACCCGUCACGCACUACAUCUUCAUCGCCUUCUUCCCCGGAGAACUGUUCCCCCUGGCCAAGAGCUACUGGCAGCAUACUGGCGAUGGCAUCUCGAGCCGCAAGGCCGAGCGUUGCUUGCACCUCCUCGAGCAGAGCGGAAGCCUCGAAGACGAAACGAUCGGCUCGCCAACUGCGGCCGCCACUACCGCCGCCGGCGCUGACAGUGCAUUCGCCCAGAAGCAGCAGCAGCAGCAGCAGCAUGCGCAUCAUACCGACACUUCAGCGACCACAGAUGGCCGCGGCGGGUACUCUGGAAAGCGCUUCUACAACCGAUACGCUCGGAACGGCAGCAUUUCGACACCCGUCAGCAUGACCCCCUCGCCGUCGAGCAGCGGCUUGCUGCCGCCCAAGCAUACUGCAUCCGACGCUGCGACUACCGGCGCGCCGGCAUCGGCCUUGCUGCCUGCCUCCGGUGCUGCCGCUGCCUCGACCGAUGAGAGGAUCACGUCCGACCUCACCACCUACCUCGAGGAGCGGUACGGCCGCAACCUGCCCGCUGGCUCGGCCCCGCAGGCCAAGCGAGCACUUCGUCGACGCAUCGCGGGAACGCUCUUGUCCGACCGUACCGAACGUAGCGGCGAGGCGCCCUCGGACGCCACCGGCGAGACCAGCCGGACGGGGACGGGCGUGACCGAGGACGAGGUGUACCUCUACCCGACCGGCAUGUCGUCCAUCUUCCAUGCUCACCAGCUGGCCAUGCUUGCGCGCACCCUCGACGACCCCACCGCCGCGGUGGGCAAGAGCAUCUGCUUCGGCUUUCCCUACACCGACACGCUCAAGAUCCUGCAGAAGUGGGGGCCCGGCUGCCACUUUUACGGCAACGGCCUCGAUUCGGACCUCGACGACCUCGAGAAGCUGCUCGAGUCGCGGCGGACGUCGACGGCCGGCGAGGCGCCCAUCCUGGCCCUCUUCUGCGAGUUUCCCUCGAACCCGCUGCUCCGCUCGCCCGACCUGGUGCGCAUCCGCACCUUGGCGGACCGGUACGACUUUCUGGUGGUCGUCGACGAGACGAUCGGCAAUUUCGUCAAUGUUGAGGUGCUGCCGUACGCCGACGUGCUCGUCUCGUCGCUGACCAAGGUGUUUUCGGGCGACGCCAACGUCAUGGGCGGCAGCAUGGUGCUCAACCCGCGCUCGCGCCACUUUGACCGGCUCAGGCGCGCGCUGGCCGCCCACUACCAAGACACCUUUUUCGACGAGGACGCCCUGUUCCUCGAGCGCAACUCGCGCGACUUUGUCAAGCGCAUCGUCAAGAUCGACGAGAACACGCGCGCCCUCACCGACAUGCUCCACGGCGAGAGGCAGCGGCCGGGCGCGGCCAUUAAGCGCGUCUUCUACCCGCGCUUUGUGGCGAGGGACAACUACGAAAAGUGCCGCAGGAAGCAGGCGUUCGCGCCUGGCCUCGAGAUGCAGCCGCCCGCCGACAACGACGACGGGUCCGGUUCGGCCGCGGCGGCGGCCGGGGGAGGGUAUGGCGGUCUGUUUUCGCUCACCUUCCACAGCCUCGAGGCGUCCAAGGCGUUUUACGACACGCUGCAGUGCGCAAAGGGCCCCUCGCUGGGGACCAACUACACGCUGGCCAGCCCCUACACUAUCCUGGCUCAUUACACCGAGCUCGACUGGGCGCAGCAGUUUGGCGUCGAGACCGGCCUGGUGCGCAUCAGCGUCGGCCUGGAGGACAAGCAGGAGCUCCUCGACAUGUUCACCAGGUCCGUCAAGGCCGCCGAGCGGGCCAUGGGUCAGCAGUAG